ACCGACGUCGUCGAUAAACCGAGCUGGCAGUGGGACGGCGUCGUAUUUUUGAUAAUCCCUAUUUUCGUUUACGAGGAUCCGCUCACCGCAAGUGGAAGAGGAUUCCUUGAUCCCGGAAAUAAUUUUCUACUUUCAAUCACAUUCACGGUACAGGGGACCACAACGGAGAAGUAGAAAAGAAGAAAGGAACAGGACCAAGCGUUCCUCCCUUCUAAGCUUGCCAACAAUGGCGGCGACGAAGCGCAAAGGAACCAACUCUGACUCUGAUGGAAUGAACGCAAGGGUUUGGCUUUAUUCAAUUUUACUCACUCUUCAAUACGGAGCUCAGCCUCUGAUCUCCAAGCGUUUCACCAGGCGAGAAGUUAUUGUUACUACCUCUGUCUUGACAUGUGAGAUAGCUAAGGUAAUAUGUGCCCUGAUUCUCAUGGCAAAAAAUGGUAGUUUGAAGAAAUUAUCCAAUGAAUGGACUUUGGUCGGUUCUCUCACUGCAUCAGGACUUCCUGCAGCUAUUUAUGCUGUACAAAACAGCUUGCUGCAGAUUUCUUACAAGAAUCUUGAUUCACUUACAUUUUCAAUGCUGAACCAGACAAAAAUAUUUUUCACUGCAUUGUUUACGUUUAUAAUAUUGAGGCAGAAGCAGUCAAUCCAACAAAUUGGCGCUUUGUUCUUGUUAAUCAUGGCAGCUGUUCUUCUUAGCGUUGGUGAAGGCUCCAGCAAAGGCUCCAGUAGUAGUAACCCUGAUCAAAUUCUAUUUUAUGGGAUUGUUCCUGUUCUUGUUGCCUCUGUUCUUUCCGGCCUUGCUUCAGCUUUGUGUCAAUGGGCUUCUCAGGUUAAGAAACAUUCUUCAUACUUGAUGACUGUAGAAAUGUCUAUUGUUGGAAGCUUGUGCCUGCUGGUCAGCACCACUAAGUCUCCAGAUGGUGAAGCUAUUAGACGAUAUGGAUUCUUUCAUGGUUGGACUCCAUUGACUAUGAUUCCAGUGAUAGCCAAUUCUCUUGGAGGAAUACUUGUUGGCCUGGUAACAAGCCAUGCUGGGGGUGUUAGAAAGGGAUUUGUCAUUGUUUCUGCACUACUUGUAACAGCUAUGCUGCAGUUUAUUUUCGAAGGGAAACCACCGUCAUUGUAUUGUUUGCUGGCCCUACCACUCGUCAUUAUCAGUAUUGCAAUAUACCAAAAAUAUCCAUAUAGGGUAAAAAAGAAGGAAUCAUGAUCUAAACUUCGCGGUAGCAGGGGAAUUAUUGGCUCAUCCCAGUUCGUGAAGUUUUUAUUAUUUUUACAGAUCCCAGAUUUUCAGAGGAAAGUUGAAUGUAUUCUUUAGAAGUGUAUUCACGACUAGCAGAUUAGGGCACAAAGAAGGCAUACAAUGCAUUCACAAAAUUGAUGAACAAUUAUAUUUUCUUCAUGAAAUCUGGAAUUAAGCAUUGAUUGCAAGGAAAUGAAAGAGAAUAGGGCGAUGUCUGAUUAUUGACCCUUUGGACAA